CAGCUGCAAGCUCAAGACUAGGAACGUCAACACUCAACACCACGUCGUGAUUGCCGCGGCCGCUGCACGUGUCCGACCACAUUGGGUUAAACCAUGAAGGAAAUAUUAUUUGCCCAGCGUUUGGCAGACAAUGAAAAGAAAGUGAGAGAUCGAGCCAUCAAAAAACUGAGAAAAUAUCUACGCAUAAAGUCUAGUGGUGGACCAGCAAUAUCCAUAGAGGAUGCUCUCAAACUGUGGAAGGGUCUUUUCUACUGCAUGUACAUGGCAGAUAAACCUUUGGUACAGGAGUCUGUAGCUGAGGACAUCAGUGGUCUCAUCCACUACAUCAACAAUGAGGAAGACCGCAAGAAUUUUAUUAAGGCAGGCUUCCUUACCUUUGCACGGGAGUGGAAUGGGAUUGAUGUUUUUCGCAUUGACAAAUAUAUGAUGUUUGUGAGAAGGUUUAUGCGGCAUAUUUUCACUCAUCUACGGGCUUGUGAAUGGAACCUGAAGAAUGUCAUGGCCUAUACCUCCAUCCUAGAAACAGUUGUUGUUUGCCCAGAUGAUAAUGUAAACAACACACCGUUGGGGCUAAAGACUCAUGUUUGUGAAGUAAUUUUAGAAGAAUUAGCAAAAGUUGGUGGAGAGAAUCUGCAGCAUUCUGUGGUUGUGGCAGUGAUUCAGCCUUAUUUUAAGGUCCUUGCACUAACUAAAGUAAAGGUUUACACAAGAUUUGUUCGUGAAGGAAUUAUUCACCACUUGAUUCGUCAAACCCUUUGUGCAAAAGAGGAGGAGGAUGGUGAAGACAAAACUGACAACACAAACUUGGAAACUGAAAAGACUACUAGCAAGGAUACUGAAAGUGAAGCACAGAUGGAUGAAGAAGAGGAAGUGGCUCUGGACCCUCGUGCAGGCCGGGUAGAUGCCUACAUUCCUCAUUUGAAAGUGGAUUUAAAUCUUUUGGCUGACUCUCUUCAGAAAGUUGGAGCAGUUUCAAGAGUUCAAACAAAAAACCGGGAGGUGAUCUACAAGCUUGUGUGUGAACUACGAGAUGCAGCACAAGGCCAUGAUCCUUUAGCAUUGCCAAGCGACCAUGUGGAUGAUGUAGAAGUUCCUGAGGAAGAAGUAGAAAAAGCUGUAGAAAGACUGGAGAAAUAUGAAGAAGAUUUAAGAGCAGGAAGAAAACCUGAAAAUGAGGAUGCUGAUGAUGAUUUGAGACCAGUCAAAAAGCGUCAGUUUAAAAGUAAAUAUCAAAAAAAGAAAUAUCUUCGUCUAAAAAAGAAAAAACAGCAACCAAAGGGACUACCCAAAGCCAAGAAAAAGAAACUGGAUAAACGUCAAAGUGAACUAGCCCAGAAAAGAACACUGGCAGUUGACAACAUGGUGAGGCGCGUGAGCACAGCAGCAGGAAUUCCCAAGACCACUGUGGCAACAUUUUCACUUGAAGGGCACGGGAAUAGACAUCAUGGAUUUGAAGUGUCUCCGAUUUCUCAAAAGAAGAAGCCAGGCAUUGCAUCCAAAUCAUAUGUGAAUAAUUUCACUGUAGAAGUGGCAUCUGAUGAUAAUAAGAAAAGAAAAAGUGUGUUAGCUACAAACAAGCAAAACAAAAAGAAGCGUUUUGAUAUUGCUGUCCUAGAUUCCCAGUCCAAUAGUAAUGGUGAAAUGAACAGUGUAAAGAAAAGUGAAAAUGUAGUUACAAGUGUAUUGAGUAAAGAACAAAGGAAAAAAAAGAAAACCAAAAUGUCUGCAACUGUACAAAAGGUAGAUAUGCCAGCUCAAGUUUCAACUUGCAGUGAUGCAGUACCAUCUGUCACUGAAAAGAAAGUUAAAAAUGAAAAUCUGCUUGAUGUUGAAAAAAAAGUUGAAAAAGGAGACAAACAAAAUCUGCAUCCCAAUAGUGAUGAAACAGUAAAGGAUAUCAUCACCAAGGUAAUAGACAGUGUUCCACCUGAAAAAGGUAUAGUCAUAAACUUCUCAGAAAGUAAGAAGCAGAAGGGUCUAGGCAUUGGGAUUCCUUCAAAGAAGUCCUCCUGGGAUGAUCCCCUUAAAGAAGGUGAAUAUGAAGUAUUCAUUAAAACCAGGAAACAGAUUAAGAGAACCAAAGAAAAGAAAAUCAGCCCAAUAAAGAAAAGGCUGACAGCAAGUAUCCCCAGACAACGAACCAUUAGUAUUAACUUGAAAAAGAACAAAGAACAUGAAUUCAGUGACUAUGUCCGCACAUUGAGGGCUAGUCCCUGUAUUCCCUUCAAGGCUGAUCAGGCACCCAAAGCCCCUGUUCUCAAGCCUUCCCCCUCUCCAAUAUUGGUAAAAGGAACUGCACUUAGGAAGAGACUACAGAAAAAAGUAGCUGCAUCAGCAUCUCCGAAGUUAAAUUUUAAGAAAAAGAGACAAACCGCUGCUGAUUUUUUUUAAAUAAGCUGAUAAUCUGGCCCUAGCAGUAUCAGGAUGUCUAAUAGUUUGGUGCCCUUAUUUUAUACCAAAUUAUAUGCAAUGGGUGGCUGUCAGAGUUCUUUAGCAGUUGCAACUUACAGAGUUCAUUUUACGAUUUUAUCACAGUGUAGCUAUACAUGUCAUUAGAUUUCAGCAAGAUAUCUUAAAUAAAAUAAUGUUUAGUCU